AUGUUUACAACUCCAGAACUAAAUCUUGAUCAUCCCUAUAAUAUCAAUCAUUAUCAUUAUUUAUUCUUGAAGUGCCAUCCGAAUAUAAUCAUUGGCGAAGGUUUCUAAAGAACCAACUCAUACGAAUCUUUAAUUACAGAACAACAAAUUCUGAAAAAAAGAAAUGAAUAUUGGGUUAUUCUUCAAGGACUUUUUAGAGACUUAAAUUUUUGGAGAUCAGGAGGUGUGGUUAAAAACUAAAACAAGUUUUAGAUAUGGAUGAAGGUAAUUAUCCCUUUAAAAUUGUGUCAGAGAAUGAAAUGAGACAUUUAGAGGAUGCUAACUUAACUCUGGUAGAAAACAGCAUUUAGAUGGUCUAUGAUUAGUGUGGUAACUGAUACCCAUGUAUCUUGAGGUAAUCGAUAUUGGAUCCCCAUCUUUGUCAUCAACCUACCGGUAUCAUACAGCGAUUCUGGAAUCAUUACACUGAAUAAUGACUUCGAGGGAAAGGAUGUUACAGUAAUUGAUGAUUUUAUUUUUAGUUUAAAAUUAGAAGUGUUAGAAGGGAUCAGGAUCUGGUUGCGACCUAUAAUACCAAAGAUAGUGUUGAUUUAUUGGUUUAGGAAUUGAAGAUGAAAGAAAAUGUUGAAAUCGUGAGAUUAUUCAUAUAAGGGAAAUAAAUGACUCAGACUUUUGGAAAUUACGAUAUCACUGAUGAGUCGAUAGUACAAGCAUUCCUAUUUUGA